AUGUUCACAACUUUCACAAAAAACUCGAAGACCGAAAAAGCACUAAAAAUCAUCUUCGUUGUUGCAUUAACAGCCGCAAUAAUCUCUUUUGCCAUCCUAAACAUCCUAAAACUCAUCAAUGCACAUGAUCCAUUGAUUUCAAUCGCACGCCUAAACAAGACACUUACUGGAAUUCAGGUGACAAAUGCAUUUGUCUGUAGUGACCUGGUCGAAAGAAUCACCGUCGAAAAGGUGCCACGUGGAAAAGAAGCGCAAAUGAUUAGUGAUCGAAGCAUGCAUCGUGUCGAACGUUUGUGGAUUCUAAAGUCGGCCGGUGAUUGGUUGCUUGCGUUCCCAAAUACCAGCAAUUGUUAUAUCUUUGAACCAAAAGGAAAACUAAAGUUUAGUCUGGUUGAAAAUAAUAAUGCAAUUGAUUAUAUCGUGAUCAAGGGAUAUGCUCCUGCAAAUACAAGUAUUAAAAUUAGAAAUAUUGGAAUAUUAUAUGGAUUAUAUAACCCUGAAAAACCAAUUGAAAGUAUCAAACCAUUUGUAACGGCUACAAAUACCAUAAACGCGAUCACUUUUAAAAUGCUUCUGCAAGUUGAUCUAUCGGGUCAAGUAAGCAGAUAUUUUACCAUUGUAAAGCAAAAUACUGUUCAAACUAAAAGCUUCGGGGCUGCAAAUAUGAUAUUCAAAUUAUUUUAUUCGCCAGAUACAUAUAUGAUAUCUAAAUUUACCGAAAAACAACCAUACACGUAUUUCGAUCUGAUUGGUACGAUUGGUGGUUUUUUGACUUAUGCAUUGGCAAUUUGGGCAUUUCUGUUUGAAAAUGAUCAAAGUCAAUUCGGAAGAGGAUCAACCUUUUAUUUCAACAAUUCAUUUUCCACUCAACAAAAAAUUGACGCAACAUCUUCAAUGUCAACAACACCGAUUUACACGGAUGAACAAAAAUUUAUAAGAAAUGUCGACGCGAGAAUCAAUCAGAAAUUAUGGUUCUUGGAACAAACUCUCAGUCGACAUUAUCUCGCAGGAUUUCGAUUACGACGAUAUGAUCACGAGUUGGAGCAAGCUACAAAAGAAUUCUUCCCUAUUGAGGAACAACGGAACAAUCUAAAGUUUCCAUCUGAUGCAUUGAACCAUGAAACAAUUGUUGAAUAA